GGGGGCGGGGCGCGGCGGCGGCGGCGGCGGCGGCGGCGGCGGCGGCGGCGGCGGCGGCGGCGGCGGCGGCGCGGACCCCGGGCCGGAGCGGAGCCGGGCCCGGAGCUGGGCUAGCGCCGAGCGCAGCGAAAACCGGAGGAUGGAGCCCAGUGAGGAGCUGGAGGAGGAGGACCCUGCUGGUGGCCGCGAGGAUGGCUUCACCGCUGCCGAGCACCUGGCUGCAGAGGCCAUGGCAGCCGAUAUGGACCCCUGGCUGGUGUUUGAUGCCCGCACUACACCUGCCACUGAGUUGGAUGCCUGGUUGGCCAAGUACCCACCAUCCCAAGUUACCCGCUAUGGAGAUCCUGGUUCACCCAACUCUGAGCCUGUGGGCUGGAUCGCAGCCUACGGGCAAGGCUACACCCCCAACUCAGGGGAUGUCCAGGGCCUGCAGGCAGCCUGGGAGGCUCUGCAGACCGGUGGGAGACCCAUCACACCUGGUACUCUGCGCCAGCUGGCCAUCACCCACCAAGUGCUCUCAGGCAAGUGGCUCAUUCACCUGGCACCUGGCUUCAAGCUGGACCAUGCCUGGGCUGGUAUAGCCCGAGCUGUGGUGGAGGGCCGGCUUCAGGUGGCCAAGGUGAGCCCACGGGCCAAAGAGGGGGGGCGCCAAGUCAUCUGUGUUUACACGGACGACUUCACGGACCGCUUGGGUGUAUUAGAGGCAGAUUCUGCCAUCCGUGCUGCAGGCAUUAAGUGUCUGCUCACUUACAAACCAGAUGUCUACACCUACCUGGGCAUCUACCGGGCCAACCGCUGGCACCUCUGCCCCACUCUCUAUGAGAGCCGUUUCCAGCUUGGAGGCAGUGCCCGGGGCUCUCGAGUGCUGGACCGUGCCAACAAUGUAGAACUGACCUAGUGGGGCCUCCGCUGCUGGGGAUGGAGCCUCCUGUCUUCCUCCUCCUCCUCAUCCCAAGAAGGCCGAGCCCCCAGCUCUGAGGACUCGUUCACUGGGGAACUGCCUGCAUCUUCAGUCCCCUUGAACUUCCUCCCUCUGUUCAGGGCUCACCCCCACAGGCUGGGGGCUCUGGCUCCCUGAGGGCCGGGCCCUCAGUUUCCCUCUUUGAUGCUGCUCCCCUACCCUGUCCAGGACCUCAGGCUGGGUGCAGACACUAAAAUGAGUCUUGCUUAGCCACCCUCAUCCUACUGUAUCUCUCCCUCCUUCUCCUACCUUCUUCCCUCUUUUCCUUGCUCCUCACAAGGGAGAAAACUUAGUGCUUCCAGUCCCUGUCCUUGGAGCUUUUUGUAGUCCAGGGGGCGGGGGCCCUGCAGGACUGACUGCGCAUGCCAUUUGGGAGGAGGGGUAGUUGUGCCAACUCAUGCCCUGGCCUAGAGGGGAUGCCAGGCUGUGGACAUAAGGCCUCCUCCUCCUCCUGCCAGCUCACAGCCUGCAUCGCUGGCCUCCCUUCCCUGCCUCCCUUGACGAGUCUGCUGGCAUUUCAAUAAAACCCAGCUUGGGUCUGUGUCUUGAGUGUUUUUUAAAAUGC